CGCCCCGUCUCCCUUGCUCUGAUAAAUGCGACGAGAAAGCGAUAAGAGAUGGAGGAAGAGAAUAUUAUGUCACCGUCGGAGGAGGAGGAGCGAUCUCCUGAAAUAGUAGAGCUAGGAGAAGGCAGUGAGAUUAUAGUAACUGCAGGCAGCAGAAAUGAAGGAUCUCGCGACGUUUACGUGGCUGUCGGAAAAAACGACUUGGAUGUUCUGAAAUGGGCUCUCGAUCAUGUUGUAUCUCAAGGAGCUCGCUUGUAUCUCAUCCAUGUCUUCCCUCCCAUCAAUUACAUCCCUACUCCUGUUGGGAGAGUAGCAAAGAGUCAAAUGAGCCAAGAACAUGUGAAGGAGUACAUCCAGGUGGAGAACACCAGGAGGGAGUACCUCUUGCAGAAAUACAUUCGCUUGUGCCGUGAUGCGAAGGUAGCUGUAGACACAAUGCUUAUUGAAAGCGAUCACACAGCCAAAGCAAUUCUGGAACUCAUUCCUGUUCUUAACAUUACCAACCUUGUCAUGGGAACAAAGCGAACCCCUUCCUCUAGGCGGUCGAGGAAGGGAUUGGGGAAAAGUGAAUUUGUCCAGAAAAAUGCUCCUGAAUUUUGUGAGGUCAACAUUGUUUUUGGUGGUAGAAAGGUUGUACGACAACGAAUAAUGGAAAUGCAAUCUUCUCCACCAUCAAGUCGACAGAAACCAGAAAUUACGCGAAAUGCAGAAAGGAGCUUCUUUGAAUGCGUGUGCUUUUCAGCAAAGUCUAAUUGAGGGAUAUCAUAUGUUUCUCUGGCUCUCUAUUGGUCUUAAAAUAUCUGAAACCAUGGUCUAUAUCUGCAAGACUAAAAAACCUAUAAUGGUUGUAUAAGGAAAAUGCUUCGUGGCAACUGGCAAGGUACCUGAAAGUUUCGAAAAAAUGGGAAGAGUAUACAUGCUUGCAUGCAAGCGAGUGUUCACUGAA